GGUACUGGCUCCUUUUUGAGGCAUGUCUGGACGAGGGAAACAGGGUGGCAAGGCGCGCGCCAAGGCCAAGUCUCGCUCGUCAAGGGCGGGCUUACAGUUCCCGGUCGGCCGGAUCCAUCGCCUGCUUCGCAAAGGCAACUAUGCCGAGCGAAUUGGUGCUGGUGCUCCUGUGUACUUGGCGGCAGUGUUGGAAUAUCUGACCGCAGAGAUCUUGGAAUUAGCAGGCAACGCGUCUCGUGACAACAAGAAGACCCGCAUCAUCCCGCGCCAUCUGCAGCUGGCUAUCCGUAAUGAUGAGGAGCUCAACAAGCUACUGGGUGGUGUGACCAUCGCUCAGGGAGGUGUCCUGCCGAACAUCCAGGCCGUGCUGCUGCCCAAGAAGACGGAGAGCCACCACCACAAAGUCCAGAGCAAAUAAUCCCAAGUGUAUCGUACCAGUAGGUAGUCAAAAUCUGGUGGAGAAAUGCAACCAAAGGCUCUUUUCAGAGCCACUCAAAUUAUCAGUGAAGGCUGUGCCUAGGCUGUGGGGGGCCUGUAUUGUGUAAUUAUCCAGUAGUAGGCUGCUAAAAGUCUAUAACAUUUGUGAAGUCUAAGUACUUAAGAGGUAUAUAGUUCUAAUGCCUGAGGUUCUCUGAAGCUGUUAAGAUUCAAUAUAGCUGAAAGAGAAGGCUUGAUGCCUGUCAGGUGGGCGAAGGAGCAAACUUCCAGCAUACUAAUCCUAUUUUAAGGCUGACUUCAAUUGUAUUUGGUACCUAUGGCUUAACAUUUACUGAGAAAUGUUUCUUAAAAUGCAAAGCAAGAUAUACCAAAGCUUGAUGGCACAUGUCAAGCUUGAUGGGGCAUUAGUGUCUCACUGGAGGUAGUGCCAUAAGGUGUAUUGAUUGAAACUAUAAGGGAAUUUGGAUCAGAUUUUUCAGAAGAUUUAACUCCAAAAAGACAACAGUGGUUUCAGUUGAUCUGUACCAUAAACAUGAAGAAAAACUGAAAAGAAAAUGAACAGUUAGGCUGUCAUAAAGUUAUAGAAAAAUAAAGUUUGUCUUAUCUCAAGGAAAAAGUCUCGCUGGUUAAAAAAUAAAAAAAAGCGUUAGAAUUCUAGCCCCAUGAAACAGUUAUAAUUCAACUCCCCAAAUUUAGCAGAGUAUGGAAAGGCAGGGGAGAAAGGUAGCGACUUCACAGAAGAGAAACCUGGCAACCGCUACCCCAGCCAGAUGAUCACUGUUAACAUGAUCCGCGAUAAACCACGUUGUUUGCAUGUGCACUAAUGUAUUGAGGAAGGCGAUUCGCUACUCUGGUCUUUC